AUGUGGAAUCCUCGAUACCUCCUACGUUGGCUAAAAUACACGGCAUCGAUGGCGACCCCUAACGACUCUCCAAUGUAUGCCGCGGCCCUAACGCAUCGACAAAGCUCCUACGGAGAGGCCGACGGAGGCAGCGGCAGUAGUCUUUUUACUCGCUGUACCACCGCCACCUCAGUCUCCGCUUACGGCACCAAUGGAGAUUACUACCAGCAGCUGCAGGCCCAUGCGGCUAACACCCGCCAGCUCCUUGCCGAUGGCGCCUUCAACGCUGCUUACCCCCAAGGCAGCGGUAGUGGCUCAAACAUCCAUUCUUACGCCGGCGGUGGCGGAGCAGGAUCAGGUGGACAGUUAGAUCUCUCUGUGUCGACGGGAAGUCGAUCCUUCCAACAACAGCAGCAUCAACCCUCGAAUUCCCCCUACGGUCCAGACUCUGGAAUGGCACGAUUUAGUAGCGGUGGAGGAUAUGAAGAAGGUGAUCCCACACCGCCGCACUCCUAUUACAAUGCAAAUUCACGACCCAGUGCGGCCCUUCCUCCACCUCUAGGCAUGUAUGAGCAGAAUUAUCGCAACUGCUACCAAAACAACGCUUCAAUGACUGCCGCGGCCGUCGCUGCAGCUGCCUACAACUAUCACUACCAACAACAACAGUUGCAGCAGCAGCAACAGCAACAGGAAACGGAUUCAUCCUAUGAUCGAGCGCCCUACGACUACGGGCGCAACCGGUACUUGUUUUGA